GUCGUGAGAAAGCGUGCGUGUGUUGAGUUGAUGUGCAGCAGCUGAUGGGAGUGUCGAAGAGUCGCCUGUAUGUGCCGCAGCUGCCGCUGGAUCGUGACUUCUUGUCGUCGUCCUGAUGUCUACGCCCAUAGCCCUGUGGAAGCAGCUCGAGCAGCAGCUGAGAUGUAAGCACACUUCCCGUGUGAGAUGAGAUCAGAUGUCAGGCAAAGACGCCCUGUCCGUGACGCCGCUUUGUGUGUAUGUGUUGUGUUUGCUGCCUUGGUCUUCAGGUCAGAUAUGCCAGCAGUACAUGGAGGCGCCCGUGUCGCUCAAGGUGGCGAGGAUACACAGUACACACACGCACACAGACUCAUCUACACCAUUCACUUCUUGGAUCUCUCUGUGUGGCAUGCCCUGCCCUGCAUCCAUUCAUUUCUCGGUCAUCCCUCUCAGUGCGGCCACGUCUUCUGCAGUCUGUGCAUUCGACGCACCAUCGUCAACGGCAGCGCCAAGUGCCCAUUCUGCCAACAGCCUGCCAAAACGGUGGGUGCGCACACACCGCCAAAUCGCCAACACACACCACACCCUCAUAGUAUCGGUCAUUCCCUGUCUGAGCCUCUGUGUGUCUGUGUGCAGAGUGAUCUGCGCCCCUCCCCCUCGCAGCACUCUCUGAUAGAGCUGAUAAGGAAUGCGGCGGACGGCAAGUUCCGCAAGCUCGUCCGCAGCAAACUCAAGGCGUCCUCGAGGGCAGAGAUGGACCAGCAGAAGGUGCGUGUGUUGGUGCGACGCUGUUCGAUGUCUUCGUUUCCCAUCUCUCCCUGUGUGUGUGUGCGUGCAGACGCCCAAGUACCGCAAUAACGUUGUGCCGAGGAAGCGCUCGGGAACCAUUACCGGGAUGCUGGGCCUGGGGCAGCCGACAUCAGCAGCAGCGAGCUCCGGCGACAGAGGGGGGGAGAUAGUACGCAAGCACGGGCGGGCACCACCAGUGUCGCUCUCCGACCCCCACACACAUAUUCCAUGAUGUUUGUGUGUUGUGUUUGUUUGAUGUGUGCAGACUUCGCAUAAGACCGGGGUGACCUAUGGGGGCAAGAACAAUACCGCCAUCGUUGAUAUGCUGCGGGUUAACAGACACACAGGCAGACGACAAACAGGCGCACCACAUGCACACAUCCGCUCACCUUUGUUGUGUGUGCGUGUGUGUGUGCAUAGCAAGAGGGUCUGCCUGUGGAGAAGGGCAAGGCGGCGGACGUCAGGGACAUCCACGUAGCCAGACACGAGGUGAGUCCACUUUUUUUGUUUUGGGUGGGGUGGUCUCCCUUAGACAGACAUACACACACGGCCAUCCCACCGAUGUGAUGGUUGGAUGGAUUUGUGUGUGCAGGAGUUUUGUCUGCGUUGGGACGCCACGGUUGACGCCAUCAAGUGCGGCGGGCAGGUCAAGAAGGUCGGUGGGGUGGAGAUCAGCAGGCCACUCGCCGCUUAUACACUCUCUAUAUAUCUGUGUGGCUGUGCUGUGUGGAUGCCUGCAGACUAAGGCAGACUUAGUCAAGGAGGUGAUGGACUGGGAGAGGCGGCACAAGCAGGCCUCCUCCUCACCCACGGCAGGAGCGGCAGCCGCAGCGGCGGCAUCGUCCGACCUGCCCCCCGAGCUGCAGCAGCAGGCCCGCAUGACGCCCCAGGAGCUGAUGGCACAGCUGCGGAAGCGCAUGGGGCGCCAGAAACAAGAGGGACAGCCAGAGCCAGAGGCAGACAAGGAGAUGCCCCCUCCCCCCGUCGGACCACCACCAGCCCCCCCACCCCCACCCCACCCCCAACCAAAGAAGCGCUCACACAACGAGAUGGUCCUAGAGGAUGACUCCACUGGUCUGCCUGGAGCUUCACAACCAGCAGCUGCAGCUGCAGCGGCAGCAGCUCCCGCCGCGGCCGGAGGCGCGUCUUCCUCAGGCUUUGCCCAGGAUUUCGGUGCGUUGCUCGGCGACAGCCAUAGACACCCACAGCACCCACAGCAGCCCCCAGAGAAGCGACCAAGGACGGGGGGGAUAGAUCUGUCUAAGGUGGUGGACCUGACAGGUGAUGAUGAGAUCAAGAUCAACGCGAUGAGUAGGAGGGGCCGCGUAGUCGCCCCGUGGCACGCCAUCAUGGGGGGUGGCGGGAGGGGACACAAGAAGGGAAGGGGGCGGUAGGUAGACAGACAGGUGGAGAGAUGGGUAGCAUGGCAGUGUACAUCGCUGGCUGGGUGCUGGUGAGAGAUGGAUGGACGGAUGGAUGGAUGGCUCCAUGGUGGUCCAUUUUCUGCGGGUGUGGUGCAUGGCGUGCAGUCAGUGUGUACAGACAGACGAUGACUGAGAUUUGAUGCAUGCCAUGCAUGGCCAGCCUGCCGCCGCUGACGGACGGGACGGAUGAUUGCACACAAAGAGUGAACGUAUGUAUGAUAGCUAACCAUAC